AUGGCGCCCUUUUGUUCAGACCCGCGGCAGAUUGUCAUUGCCCUCGAACCCCCACGACGGAUCGAGCUGCUCAAGCUCGUGGACGACAUCAUCUUUUCCAUGACUGCGCAGCUGCAGGCUAAGCCGGAUGAGCUGGGAUCAGUAUCCAUCGAAUCCAGUAUCCACGAGGAGAAUCGCACGCCACAAAACGAGAAGACUACAGAGGUUUCUUCCUCGAACAGUGAUCCCGCCAAGACCGAGACUUCCAGCGAAUCCGUCACAUUAUUUGAUGCCGAUGAGGUGGUUGCCAGCCAUGGUGCUGCGGCCAAUGACAAUAAGAAAAAGUUCAACCCAUCCAACCCGUUCAAGAAUGUCAAGGUCGGUGUGCCGUGGAAGAGCAGCCCCGAUGCUCCGAGCAAGACCACGAGACGAGCCGACGAGGUGCAGAGCGCCGCACGCCAGUACAUGGAGGAGUGGGAGCACGAGUUCGUGCCCAAGCUCGCGGAAAUCGUGCGUGUCAAGGACAAUGAUAAGAUUGUUGCCGAGCGCAAGACACGGCGCCAGGCUGUGGAGAUGAAUGAGGAGAAUGAGCGCGCCGAAAGAAGGCGCCUCGCUGGCUCGGACGAGGCCAAGGAUGAGCAGACAGCGUUUGCCGUGAUGCAGACGCUCUACCCGCCCAUCCCAACGACUCUUACCGAGCUUUCCGAGCAUGACCGCCGCGAGUCCAUCAGCUGUGUGCUGCUCCUUCUGCUCUCCACGGGCAAGUAUUCGGCGCACUCGCGAGCCCUCAUGAUGAGUCUGACGUCGUCACUCGACAUCCCGCACACGUUCCUCAACAACGAGGAGGCGGAGAUCUCGGAAUCGCUGAUUGAGCAGUCGACCGCGGACGCGAGCAAGAAGGAGGCCAUGUCGGCUGAUGCCGAGGCUGCCAAGCGCCAGCAAGACAACAAGGUUGGCCGCUACUGGAAGGUCGGUCUCGCGUCUGUGGCCGGUGCCACCCUUAUCGGCGUCACGGGCGGAUUGGCAGCACCGCUCGUUGCGGGUGCCGUGGGAAGUAUCCUCGGUGGUGUUGGGCUCGGAGGUGUUGCAAGCUUUCUAGGCAUCUUUUGGAUGAACGGCGCUCUCGUCGGCGCUCUCUUUGGUGCCUAUGGAGCUAAGAUGACGGGCUCUAUGAUGGACAAGUAUGCCAAAGAGGUCGAAGACUUCAAGUUCAUUCCUAUCCAUGAAUCACCCGACGCAGCUAGCAACAAGCAAAGCGCCAAAGAUCGCCGCUUGCGCGUCACCCUCGGCGUCAACGGCUGGCUCAACUCCGAAAGCGACAUCACCAAGCCCUGGGAGGCGCUGCCGUCCGACUCGGAAAUCUUUGCGCUGCGGUACGAGAUGAAGACGCUCCUCGCGCUCGGCACCGCGCUCGGGGACCUCGUCCAGUCCUUUGCGUGGAAGGCCGUCAAGUCGGAAAUCAUCAAGCGCACCGUCCUCGCGACACUCUGGGCCGCCCUCUGGCCGAUCCAGGUCCUCGCCGUCGCCUCCAACAUCGACAACCCCUUCAACCACGCGUCGAACCGCUCGAAGAAGGCCGGCCGCCUGCUCGCCGACGCCCUCAUCAACAAGGUGCAGGGCGAGCGGCCCGUCACCCUCAUCGGCUACUCGCUCGGCGCCGUAGCGAUCCACGCCUGCCUGCAGUCGCUCGCCGAGCGCCGCGCCUUUGGCCUCGUCGACACCGUCGUCAUCAUUGGAACGCCCGCGCCGUCGGACCCCGCCCACUGGCGCACCCUCCGCACCGUCGUGUCGGGCAAGAUCUUCAACGCCUACUCGGAGAACGACAUGAUCCUCGGAUACGUGUACCGCAUGCACAGCCUGUCUCUCGGCGUCGCCGGCCUGCAGCCCAUCCGCGGCGUCCACGGCGUCGAGAACCUGAACCUGAGCGACCGCGUCAGCGGCCACCUGCGCUACCCAGACCUCAUCGGCGGCAUCCUGCGCGAGUGCGGCUUCGCGGGCGUCAGGGUCGACGGCGAGAUUGAAAAGGACGACAUCAUCAUGCUCAAGGAUGAGUACGCCGCUGGCCACGCCGUGGACGUGGACGGCGUCACGGUGGCGCCCGACGGGGAUGACAAGGCUGGCCGUAGCAAGGCGGAUGUUGAAGAAGCGACGGCGCAGACGGAGAAGCUACACAUUGAUGACAAAGUGUCUGAUGCACCGCCGCCGAUGCCGACUCGCCCGUCUGGAGAGGCGCAGCAGCCCAAGAUGCAUAGAAAACCGGUGCCUGCGCCGGCCAAAACACGAGACGACGGUGACGAUGGAUUCAAGCCCAUUUCCAUGAUGGAUCAUGAGUAA